AUGGUGACGAGGAGGCUUGGCUUUGUGCCCAGAGCUGCCCCUUGUGAUGGUAGCAGAGCGGGAAAGGAUGAGAGCUACACCACGCAGCUCAUGCAGGAAAUGUGGCAGGAGGACAACCAAAUCUUCAGGUGGCAUCUGGUGAAGCAAGCAGAAGCUGGACGGAAAGGUGAGAAGCAGGUCCACAUACUCCUUGAGACCAUCCAGGACUUGCCCCAACCAGCCGAUCGACUGAUUCUGGUUGACAUCCUGUGGAAUGGAGAGUUGCUGCAUAGGGAAGCAAGGGUGGCGCACCAAUUUGCCAAUGUGAAGGAGCUCAUCGAAGCGGCAAAUGCGGUGGGCCUGUUCCAGGAUCGAGCCCUACACACCACUCUCUGGGUGCAGGGCAAGCAAUGCGAAGAACAUGAGCGCUUCAUACUACGCAGUGGAGACCACAUCCGCGUAGAGGCGUUCCAGAAGAAAGAUGCUCGAGCUCCUCGGCCACACGCGAGCAGAAGGCAGUGGUGGCGAUAUGAUGACAUGGGGGAGAGAGGCAACUUCGGGGGCACCCUCAGGUGA